GAGCAUUUUUAUAUAAAAACUGCUUCUGGAUCAGAGGGAUGCAGUACCAAAGAUACAAUCAGCCAUGACAAUCACCAAGUGUACGGUCUACCUCCUCGUCUUUAACUUCUUGGUGGAAACCAUGCUGUGCACCGUGACACCUACAAAGGAACCGCCGAGGCGUCCGUUCAUUACUAGUGACAACAUACCACCAUUCCUGGAAACAGAUAAUGUUACAUCCACUACACAAGAGUCGUCUGAUACUUUAGAUAAUAUGAGCGAUGAAGCAUCACUAACCCCAGGUAAUCAUACCAUUGACGAUGAUCGGACAACCAAUAUAGAAGAACGAGGAUCAUUUGGUGACCUAUCACAAAUGCAUUCAGUUCGAAGUAAAACGAUGCGCAGGCAAACCCAGAGCUCAUUGGAAGAUUCUAAGCAAGUGACGACGCUGCCGCCCAUGACACGAUCUACUGAUCAGAAUAGGUACAAGACUCCAAACAAUAACGAUAGAGGCAGGCAACUUCAAUUACCAUUCACCGAUCAAGAUCAGAACAGAAGAGUAAAUCCACAGACCUCACUCCCAAUUGGCGAUGAUAGGCGCAAUUUUGGAAAAAACGAUAGGUUAUUUGCAAGCGGAAGGGGUGUAGGAACUGGCGAGUCUCAGAGCGGUCAAGAUGGCGCCUCUUUAGAGGACAUUCCUCCUCUAUCCGAUAAUAGACAACUGGAUCGUCUACGAGGCAUUUCAACCCCCACCCCGAGCAUCAGAGAUAGACAGCGCAAUCAGCAGGGUUAUCAACCAGGCAUCGGUCAAUAUGGAUUUCCUUCAGCAGCUAACCAACCUGACUCUAACAAUGGACAAAUUAAUACACAGGGUACGAUAGAUAUAAAUGGAGCUGCUCUUCGACAGUAUCUAAAUAACGACAGAGGCAGACAACAAAAUCAACAGGGCUACCAACCUUUUAACACCCAAAGUUCAUUUCCUCCAGAAAAUAUUGGUUACAACAACAGACAGUCAAAUCAACAACCGACUUUUUCAGCUGCAUUAGGUAGAGACAAAGAUAUUCUUGGAUCGGUCAACCAACCAUUUGCAGACAAACAGGACAGAGAACAAAAUCGCCAAGGCUACCAACCAUUCAACAAUCAAGGUACAUUUCCAUCCGAAAAUACAAAAAUUCGUUCCAACGGGCAGACAAAUGAUCGUAUAAUCUGUGACAAGCGGGGUUUGUGCAAUACCGUCACUCAAAAUGACAUGCUCCAAAACACCUACAAAUUGAUCGAGCAAUUAUCAUCAGAUCGAUAUGAGACAUCUAUGUGCUUCACGGAGAUCGUAUACAUAACUGAGUUCGACAACAGUGAUGCAUUCUUCAUUAGCAAGGAAUUCGUCUGGACCAUCGAGACCGCAGAUCAUAGGAAUGCUUUGAAAAAUAUGAGUUGUGACAACCCCUUGGACGCGAUUACAACCGCGCCAGUGGAGCUGACUAACACUGAAAGACUUGAAGAUCGGGUAGUCAAAAAGUACAGGGUGAAACACUGUGGAAUCGGAAACAUCUUCAAACACGAAUACGCAACAUGGCCUGACAGUGACAAAAAAAUGAUCCAGGUUACUAUUUCCAAUGGUUCUCCCUUGCAAUGUAGAAGCCGCCGAGACAGAAGCCGGGACUUCAAUUAUGGAAAACAACAACAGGCUAGUACAUUGCAUCCGUUUGCCUACAGGUCAACUGUGGAUGCAAAUUUGAACACAUAUGUUACAGACAUGCCAACUAGUGUUUUUCAACCUGGAUGGAACACUGCAGGAUAUGGCGACAAUGGCUUCACGCCUGGUCCUCCUAUUGUUCAAGCCCAACAUGCAGUGGAAGAAUUUGAGGAUAAUAGUGAGGAGGAUGUUAAGCAAAAUUUGAAUGACUACAUGAAGGUCAUCAUUGAUUGUGUGCUGAAAAAUAAAAAUUUCAAGGGCAUGUGUCCACAUUCUAAAAAGGCAAGAAACUAGUUUAUAUAUGUCUCAUUCUUUUAGUUUGUAAUAAAGAUAAUCUUACCGAG